GGUACGAACAUUGUCUCCGACUUCAAGAGUUUUUUUGUGUGACUUCAGGGGGCGUUCACGUAAUUUUCCGAGGAUAGAGCUCCUUUUUCCGAUUAUUCCCCACCACUUGAAUGCAGGGUCUGCAUGACAGCAGCAGCAGAUCUGACACGCUGAUGGAGAAAUAAACACCACAGAUGGAAACCCAGAGGAAGAGCUCUGAGGAUGACAGUGAAGGAGAGCGAGGUCUGCUCCACACCUGGAAGGGCUAUUCCUGCAGCGUCACCCCAGAGAGGGUGCUCCUUCCCCGGCCUGUCCUUCAGGUCGCCCUGGGCACACGACAUGGUGUCCUGUUGGUGGAAGGUGGGCAGGUGUACAGUUUUGGUGAGUUGCCAUGGAAGCAGAGUCAACCCCUCGAGCCAGAGAAACCCACCCUGGAGAGCGCGCUCAGCGGGCAGCGGGUCAUCACCAUCGCUGCAGGAAGCUUCCACAGCGGAGCCGUGACAGAGGAUGGAGGCGUCCACAUGUGGGGGGACAACGCUUCGGGUCAGUGUGGCUUGUCAGGCCUCAGCACCGUCCCCAACCCGACACCGGUUGCUCUUCUGGACUCUGACAUCAACCCGCCGCAGACGGUGCCUGUUCUGGAGCUGGCCUGCGGGGGUCAGCACACACUCGCUCUGUCUGUGCAGCGGGACGUUUGGGCGUGGGGCAGUGGCUGCCAGCUCGGCCUCAACGUUACUGUCUUCCCCGUGUGGAAGCCACAGAAGGUCGAACACUUAGCAGGCAGGUAUGUGCUGCAGGUGGCCUGCGGGGCGUUGCACAGCCUCGCUUUGGUGCGCUGCCUUGGCCCGCAUGAUCUGCAGCGCCCCCACGUGGACAAAUGCAGACAGUGUAACCAGCUGCUGUACACCAUGACUGACAAAGAGGACCAUGUCAUCAUCUCUGACGGACAUUACUGCCCCAUCGGUGUGGAGCUCACCGAGGACGAGGGCUGUUUGGAGGCGCCCGCACCCAUACAAAUCCUCAGAACGUCCCCGUCCGAGCCGGUCCUCCCCUCCCAAACAUCAACCUCGAACUCAGGCUCCCCGGCGCCCUCUGAAGGCUUUGAGCCCUCCUGUGAUGCCACUCAGGAAAAAGAGGAAUCAGUUUUGGCUAAUGGCGCGUUGGCAGCUCUGGAGUCAGACUCCUUUACUCAGUCUCAAAGCGGAGUGAAGAGUUCUCCGUAUCCAGAUGAACAAGCGGUCAAAGAUUAUCUGCAGAAACUGUCGGACAACACGCAGGUGGAGCAGACAGCGAAAACGAACACUGGAGGACUGCACACUCUGCUGCCCGCAGCAGCAGGUCUCGCCACCUCCAACCCCGGCUCUGCUCUCAACAGCCUCGUUUCUUCCUGCGCCUCAGCGGUGGGCGAGCGAGUCGCCUCCACAUACGAGGCUUUAUCCCUCAAAAAGAUGAUGAACUACCUGCCCUCAGGAGUGCCCAGGCCAGGCGGGACGACGGGCGAUAACACCACAGACCGAGUCCGCCUGGAGGACUCCACACAGGCCAAGAAGAGCUCCAGCACGGGAGACAUCCGCGAGGAGGAGGCGGAGGGUCUGCGCCGCCGUCUCUCACUGCCAGGACUCCUCUCUCAGGUCUCCCCUCGGCUGCUGAGGAAAGCUGGUCGUCCCAGGAUGCGCGCCAUGGCCCUCACCCCGCUGGGAGGUUUGGUCCCAGAGGCCCAGGAUGUGUUUCCCACCCUGCAGACGGAGGUGUGGAGCUGGGGACACGGCGAGCACGGACAGCUGGGACAUGGAGACAGUCUGGCCAGGUUACAGCCUCACUGCAUCAAGAGUCUGAACAACAGGGAGGUGGUUCGAGUGGUGGCCGGUGCUCAUCAUUCCCUCGCCUUGACUGCUCAGUCUCAGGUGUUUUCAUGGGGAAGCAACAGCUGUGGUCAGCUUGGACAUAUGGAGUCCCCCAGCACUGUCCCUCGCCUCGCGAAACUGUCAGAGGGGAUCCGUGUGUGGGACGUGAGUGCAGGAGAGAGACACACGGUCCUGCUUGCAGACGGAGACUGCAUCCAGCCGAUUAUUUACUACAGCGGGCAGCAGGUGAGGGAGGGGGAGGAGGAACGCCUCGCAAAGGAAACGGAGGAAGCAGGGAAGGAGGAGGAGGAGCAGCAGCGUGCGGGGGGCUACACCCAGCAGCCUGUACUGUUACCCUUCUGCAUGAACCUGCGUUAUGUUAGCAACGUGUUCGCUGGCGGUCGGAGCUGCGUGGCGCUCUCAGACCGGAACGUGAUGGGCUUCAUCGCCAGCCUCCAUGAGCUCGCAUCAGCCGAGAGGAAGAUUUACUGCAAAAUGAGCAACGUAAAGAUGCAGAUCAUACGCCCCCUGCUGGAGCUGGAGUCUCUGAGUUCUGCCCUCGGUCAGGUCACCCUCGGGCUCCUGCAGACUCUGGCAGGCCGCUUCAGCCUCCUGUGUCACCUGACGGGGCAGCACGCCGCCAGCCUCACCGCCAACCUGCGCCGUGGCAGAGACGUCAAGAGCUUGCUCGUCCUGGACCACUCUGACAUCUUCCUUCAGUGUUACAAGGAGUACAGCAGCGCUUUGGGCGACUUCCAGGUGAUGGGAGGAUUUCAGUGCCUGACCAAACCCUCACUCGAUUUCUUCGGGAAGACUCCUGAGCUGCUUCAGAAACUGUCUGAGUGCAGCGAGGAAAACCCUGCCAUGUCCGACCUCCUGGUGGCGCUCUUCUACCUCCCAACUCGCCAUCUUCAUGAAUACGGACGUCUGCUGCUCAAACUGGCGACCUGCUUUGAAGUGUGCUCCGAUGACUACCAGAAGCUGCAGGACAGCUGCUCUAAGUUCGAAGCUCUGGUGCUCCAGCUGAAGAAGAAACGAAAAGAAGCCGACUACACCUUUAAUUUCUGGAAGAACUUUCCCGGCAAGAUGACGGAAUCUCUGAGAAAACCUCAACGCCGCCUCAUCUGUGAGAGCAGCAACAAAGCCCUGACGCUGCAGAACGCCGGCAGGUUCUCCGUCAACUGGUUCAUCCUCUUCAACGACGCCCUGGUCCAUGCACAGGGCGUGGCGCCUGUUAAAAGUCUUUUCUCCACCCAUCACGUCUUCCCUUUGGCCACGCUGUGGGUGGAGCCAAUCCCAGAGGAGAACACCGGCAUAUACGGAUUAAAGGUGAUCACGCCCGAGGAGACGUUUACCCUGUUGGCCUCCUCUCCCAUGGAGAAGGCUAAGUGGCUUCGCUCCAUAAACCAGGCGGUGGAGCAGGCGCUGAGCGGGGCGGGGCAGGACGCAGCAUCAGUCAGCUCGGGGUCGGGUCAAAAGUUGGAGCCUCCCAUCUCCAGGACGGCCUCGUACACUUUUUAUAAAGACGGACGGCUGAAAGAUGCAAAGUACGAGGGACGCUGGCUUACUGGAAAGCCACACGGCAGGGGAGUGUUGAAAUGGCCUGAUGGGAGAAUAUACACAGGGUCCUUUAAGAACGGCUUAGAGGAUGGCUUUGGUGAAUUUGUGGCUCCUAAUAAGACGAUCAACAAGAACGAUCACUACCAAGGUCACUGGAAAGACGGGAAGAUGCAUGGUCUGGGAACAUACAGAUACGCGAGCGGGGAAGUUUACGACGGAUCCUUCCAGGACAGCAUGCGACACGGUCACGGCAUGCUGCGCAGCGGGAAGCUAAACACCUCCUCCCCCAGCGUGUUCAUCGGCCAGUGGCUGCAGGACAAGAAGACUGGCUACGGAGUCUUUGACGAUAUCACAAAAGGGGAGAAGUACAUGGGAAUGUGGCAGGAGCACCAGCGUCAGGGCACCGCGGUCGUGGUCACUCAGUUUGGCCUUUACUACGAAGGAGCCUUUAAGGAUAACAAGAUGAUGGGCACCGGGGUCCUCUUGUCCGAGGACGACACCACAUACGAGGGGGAAUUCUCUGACGACUGGACUCUAAAUGGAAAGGGUGUGCUAACAAUGCCAAAUGGAGACUACCUGGAGGGCUCCUUUAACGGUGAAUGGGGCUCUGGACUCAAAGUGUCGGGGUCCUACUUUAAACCACAUCUGUUUGACACAGACAAGGACAAGAGCCGGGUCGUGAAGCUGGGGCGCCUGUGUGUGUGUGCGGAGGAUAAGUGGCAGGCUGUGUUCCAGGAGUGUUGGAGCCAGCUAGGCUGCGAGGCGCCGGGACAAGGAGUGACCUCUAAGGCCUGGGAGAACAUCGCCGUGGCCCUCACCACCAGCAGACUUCACAUCCAAGACAGUCCGGAGAUUCUAUCUAGAAGUCACAGCAGAACUCUGGAGAGUCUGGAGUUUAUCCCUCAGCAUGAAGGACCAAUCAACAUGGAUCGAUAUCACACCAUCCGCCUCUACCUCAUCAAGGCUUGUGACACACCCCUCCACCCGCUCGGCCGUCUGGUGGAGACCCUGGUGGCGGUCUACAGGAUGACCUACGUGGGCGUUGGAGCGAAUCGUCGACUGCUGCCUCAGGCUGUCAACGAGAUCAAGUCUUAUCUUAACCGCAUCUACCAGAUCGUCAGGUUUCUUUUCCCUGACCUGCCAGAAGAGGGGGGCCUAAUUCCAGAGCCGACCACCAACCUCCAGGAGAAGAAGGAGCCCGGCUCGACUGAUGCCCAGCCAGAGUCACCAAAACCUGGCCGCGUGGUGAGCAGCUGCGCUCUGCUGCUCCCCGUCCUGCUGCCUCGUCUCUACCCGCCGCUCUUCACCCUCUACGCUCUGGACAAGGAGAGGGAGGACGACGUGUACUGGGAGUGCGUCCUCCGUCUCAACAAGCAACCCGACCUCGCCCUGCUCGCCUUCCUGGGAGUCCAGCAAAAGUUCUGGCCUGUUUCUUUUUCUGUUGCCUUGUCUGUACUUGGGGAGAAGCAGCAGGUCCUUUCCAGCACAAAAGACGCCUGUUUCGCCUCUGCAGUGGAAACAUUACAACAGAUCAGCACCACCUUCACGCCGUCAGACAAGCUGCAGGUGAUCCAGCUCACCUUCGAGGAGAUCACUCGCGAGGUUCAGUCGCUGCUCAAGCAGGACUUUUUGUGGUCCAUGGACGAGCUCUUCCCCGUCUUCCUCUACGUGGUGCUGCGUGCACGAAUCAGGAACUUGGGGUCUGAAGUGAGCUUGAUUGAAGAUCUGAUGGAUCCCUGCGUUCAGCACGGAGAGCACGGCAUCAUGUUCACAACGCUGAAGGCCUGUUACUACCAGAUCCAGCAUGAGAAGGUCACAUAACUCCAGCAGUGUGACUCUACUCCCUCUGUGCAUCUGCAAGCCCCGCCUCCAACCACAGCCAGUCACAGGGCUGGGAAGAAGCGCGAGGCUUUGGAGUGAUGGACGUGUGCAGUAGCCAAUAGGAAGCAGAGGAUCAUACAAGCAGGUUGCUGACAGCUCCAUCUGCUGCUGUUAUGGAGACGGGACCACCUCCCCCUCCCUGACACACACACACACACACACACACACACACACACACACACACACACACACACACACACACACACACACACACACACACACACACACACACACACACACACACACACACACACACACUGUUUUGCCCUUUAGUGACCUCUGCUGGUCGCUUAUCCACAGAUCAUUAAGGUACAAAUGUGAAUAAUCGUCUGUGUUAUACGGGCAGUCAUGAGCCACUUCAAACCGUCCGGAGAAACCUAACUGACACGACAUUUCGCAGGAAAAUCUUGACUUUGGGGACGUUGUUACCUGGGAAGAACUCAAGCGUUAUAGUUUUUUUUUUUGCCAAUGGGAGCAGUUUUUGUUCUCUGGAUACCGGACCUCAUUUUUAAACACAAUUUCCAGUAUGAAACUCAAAUAUUAUGCGGAUUGAACUAAGCCAUUUCUCUAAAAAACGACACUUUUUUAGCUUUCAGUGUUCAAAUCCUUGUUAUUUAUGACAUCCACUUGAAGAAACAGACCGUAUGAGGAAUGAUCUUCUACCUUUAAAAGCAUCUCACUCUAUGAAACUGACAGACUUUUCAUGUAUCGACUUCAUAAACUGACAGAGCACUUUGUUUACAGCCACGCUAAGCUGACAGUUACGGAUUUCAAACCGUGUUUUCCCAGAUUUACAAAGAAGAAGGCUUCAAAGAUGAAGUCCAGCUCGCCCUCUUGUAGCUCAUAGACAUUUGGUGAACUUCCCCACGUCUGAUUAAGAGCUUUUCUACAGCUCAUUUAGAGCUGGGGUUGAUACUGUGUUGUGUUAAUGCAGAGCAUGUACGGCAUGCUUUAGGUUAAUGUAAAGUGAAUUAGCUGAAACUCUAAAUGAUGCUGAUAUUUUCCUCUUAAACCAUCUUGAACACAAAAAUCUGAUUAGCUGAAUUAGCUUGAAGUAAACACAAACAACGUCCCUGCCAGUUUUCUCUGACACUGGUCAUCAACACAGCUUGUUUGUGAUGGCUGUAAAGUGUUUCUUAGUUUCAGCUGGAUCGCUGACUUGAAUGCACAUGUGUUUUUCUGAGUCAAACACUUUGACUGUUAACACUUUGUUUUACAGAUUUAGCAGAAAUGAAGAAAAGAUAGAUCAUAGCACUCUACUGCAAAACCAGGCUGGAAAAAUAUUCCAUUAUUUAAAGUAUUUGCAAGCAAAAGCCCUGAGCCAUGUCGAGAAAUAGUUUAGAAAUUUAGAAAACGUGUUUCAGCACAAGUCUUUCAAAAGGUUUGCAAAUUCAGAUGAAGGAUGGGGUUAAAAUGUGUGACUUGAAAUGACAAAUAUCUAAACAAUGGUAUUGUUCUUCAGUGUUAUAGUCAUCGUUAAUGUCCGUUAAAAAAAUGUGCAUUUCCAAUCUCCAAUUUAUCAUCCUGAAAACAUCACAGAUAAAUUUGUCUGACUACCAAAAAAAAAUGAAUCAAGAAUUCAUUGGAGAUGCAUAUUUUAUAGGACAUCUUUUCUUUUCUGUUUCAAUCUUGUCGUGAUUAUAUUGCUGCAAGUAUUCUGCAAAACAAUCAUCGGUAAAUAUCCAGAGGGAAAAAGGAAGAGUUUGAAGGUCUUCAGUUCUGUAAAUUGUUGAAUAUAAAAGGUAAAAAUGUUUCUGUUGCAGCUGCAGGUGGAGCUCCAGCAGAGACCCAGGCGCUCGGAUUAAUGCAAACACUGUUUUAUAGACGUCUGUGAUGUUUCAAAGCUGAUUCUCUGCGCAAUCUGUUAAUACUAACUGUUCUUUUUUUAAACCAUUCACUGCCCCGACCGUCACACAUUGUUGCUUAUUUGAGAUUUGCGUCACACAUGGCGGUUGAUAAAAGGGCUUAGAGGGGAUUCAGAGGAUGACCAUGCCCUUUUUUUUUUUUUCUUUUUUUUUAAUGUCAUCACUUUUGUUUGCGCCGACGGUUUAACAACAGUGAAGCCGGUGGAUCAGAAGCCUUUUUUUGAAGGAGCCAAAUUUAGGUGAAGCUGCUCGAUUCUGAAAAUCAAUCCGGAGAAUAUCGCUGUUCACACGGACGGAGUUCAGAUCUGACAUUAAAAGCUACAGCUCUUCUCUUUGGGUGACAGAUUCUUUACGAUCAGGGUUUACUCUGCGAAGUUUGGAAAAGAUCACCUGCAGUAAUUAGUGAGGAAACAAAGCACCGUCUAGUAAAACAACAACACAAAGAUCCAUUAAUGUCCUGAAUUUUGCAGAAUGCAGAACUUGAUGUUUUUUUUGAUUUUGCAUUACUGCCUGGUCAGGAUUCAGUCUUGGGAUUCAGAACCUUACACUUUUACACUUUAUUUUUCCCUUCAUAGCUUUAAAAAAAACAACAACAAAAAAAAACGAGUUCAUACAUUGUCCACCCCAAUCUUUGUUUUGAAUUCAAGGAGUUAUGUUCAUGCAGCAGGUUAGGCCUUAAAGAGCCUCUAAUUCUCCCUGUAAGACAUCUGUGCACCUUAAAAGUAUUUGUUUGUAAGUAUAACGUUGCAUUAUGUUGUUAAAAAAAGGAUCAUGACACCUGUACACAUCUGUGCCUGACACUUAGAGAAGUGAAGCAAUAUUGUCUUCAUGAAACGCUGUGAAAACAUUCCCUGGCUCUUUGAAGGAGGUGUUAUUUGACUGACAGUUUUAAGCCUCUUAUCCUCCUCCUAACAAAACAUGAAGGCUGAUAUUUUGACUUCUGCACCUUUAGAGAAAAGAAAAUAUCAGUAGACAACAGAACUGAUUUACAAACCGAACUACAUAGGCAGAAUGAGACGUUUACUGUAAUGGUUGUACAUGAAGUCCUGUUUUAAACCCAAACUGAAGACUGGUAUGUAAAGUGAAGGUAACGCUCAUAAGCUCAUGUUCGGUUCAUGAUUUAAACCUGUUGACACCUGUUUGAUUGACUUACUGCACCUCAACACCUGUUCAUCAUGAAAACGACACUCACAGGUCAGACUGUUGCGUCGUGUGUAAAAUGACCUGUUUUGUCGAUGGACUUUGGUGGUGACUAGUUGACAUGUUUUGUGUUUCAGCUGGCUGACAUGACGCCCUCCUGUGUGUCUUUUACAUGAUGUCAAAUGUAUUGUACCUUUAAAAAAUAAUAACAGAGGGCAAUAAAUGCAUUUGAUAGAUGUUG